AUGCCAGAUGGUGUUCCUAAUCCUAGAAACAAGGUGUGUAGACUUAGAAAGUCCUUAUAUGGUUUCAAACAAGCAAGCAGACAAUGGUUUGAGAAAUUUAAAUUGGUGAUUUUGGGCUUUGUGCAAUCCAAGAAUGAUUAUUCACUCUUUGUUAAGAGUACCAAUCAUCACUUGACUAUUGCUGUAGUCAUUAAGGAUCUGGGGGUUCUCAGUUAUUUUCUAGGCAUGGAAAUUGGGUAUGACAACCACUGCAUUACUUUGUCUCAGGCAAAGUUCACUAGAGAAAUUCUGGAAGAGAGUGGUAUCAAGCUUUUCAAGUCUGUAGCAACUCCCUUGCCAUUGCAUUUGAAGCUGAAUUCUGAUGAUGGUGAUGUUCUGGAUGAUCCUUUGUCUUAUAGAUGUCUUGUAGGGAAACUGAAUUUCUUGACACACACUCGGCUAAAUCUAGCAUUCACAAUUCAUUGUCUAAGUCAGUUCAUGCAGAUUCCUAGAUCAUCUCAUAUGCAAGCCUUAAUACAUACUCUCAAUUAUAUGGCAUCUACUACUGGUCGGGGCAUCAUUUUCAAGGGUGGCUUAGAUCUGAAAUUACAGGCUUUUUCAUAUUCUAAUUGGGCUGCUUUUGUUGAUAGUAGAAGGUCAAUUACAGGUUACAUCAUGAUGCUUGGUUCCUCACCCAUUAGCUGGAAGUCCCAGAAGCAAGCUACUGUCUCUAAAUCUUCCUCCGAGGCUAAGUACAAAGCUAUGGCAGUUGCUGCCUCUAAAGUCACUUGGUUGGUCAGGCUUUUAGGUGAUCUUGGAAUUACUAAUUUGAAACCUAUUACCCGGCACUGUGAUAACCUGUAUGCACUACACAUUGCUAGGAAUCCUGUCUUCCAUGAAAGGACCAAGCACAUAAAUAUUGAUUGUUAUUUUACCAGGGAAAAGGUGCUUGAAGGCCUUAUCUAG